AUGCUGUCAAAUCAACUCAACGGCUUCGGUGCCGGGGAACGACAAGCUUACGUGUCCUCGGUUAACCCCCUCGGGGAAAAGAGGGCCUUGGUUGAGCGGACGAGCUGCCCCACAAACGAUAAUGUACUGGCUCUUCCCGAAAUCGCGCGGGUGUAUUUGAAGGAUGGAAAGCCCAUAUUAAGUGGAAAGCCCAGUACAUGGGGGGACAGACGGCUUUCAAAUCGGCUCAUCUUCAUCAUCUUUGCAACACUGGCCUUAGCCUUGUUGCUGUUGCCAUCACACGCCUUAGGGAGUGCAAAUUCGAGCACCAGCUGUGACGUAUUACCAGAUUUGAUAAGAUCAUCAAUCUUAACCCUUGGCUCUGUGGAAACAGGGUUUGUACCGACCAACUCCUUGAACGUAUCUGGAACGUUCAACUCUGUUUCCUUUUGCCGCGUGAACGGCAGUGUGCCGUACCCUGAGAACAACAAUGUCUUUUUUGAAGUAUGGCUCCCUGAUACGGAUGUAUACAAUGCCAGAUUUUUGGCAGUCGGCAACGGAGGCAUGGCUGGCACUAUCGACUAUGUGGCCAUGUUAGAGAACAUCAACAAAGGUUUCGCAACUGCAGGAGGCGAUAGCGGCCACCGGGCCUCUGAAAACAACGGCAGCAAUGCUUAUCCAGGCGGCGUUAAUCUACCUUAUCUUCAUGACCGGAAUCAAGUCCUCGCAUGGAUCCGCAACUCGAUCGCGCUUUUCACACCCCCGGCAAAGGACAUUGCGAGCGUUUAUUAUGAAAAGCAACCUCACCAUUCCUACUACAAAGGCUGCUCCACUGGGGGUGACCAGGGCUUUGCAUUGGCCGAAUAUCAUCCCGACUUGUUCGACGGGAUAGCUGCAGGAAGUCCCGGAAACUGGUACUCUCAUCUUGCAUUAUCGUUUCUGUGGAACCAACAAGCUACACUUGGUUCGAGAUUUCUACCACAGCAAUCACUAGACCGUAUCAAAGAUGCAGUCUUGGACCAAUGCGACGCUUUAGAUGGUGUUGAAGAUCGAGUUCUCGAGAAUCCACUGGCCUGCAAGUUCGACAUCGCAAGUUUGGCGUGCAAAGACGGAGCGAACAAUACAUCGACCUGCCUCGCGCCAGAACAAAUCGUAGCAGCCAAGGAAAUAUAUGCCGGGCCCCGCCACUCAGAGACCAACGCCAGCCUCUAUCCGGGUUUUGAUCUGGGCACCGAAUCAGAAUGGAUGUACCAGGAAGGCACUCUCUCACUCUCGUUCUCCCUUCCUCUGCUCCAGAAUAUGGUUUUCGAUGACCUGAGCUACAACGGCAGCACUUUCAACUGGGCCACCGACGUAGACGCGAUGGAUGAAAAAGUGGGCAGCUUGAUCGACGCCAUCAGUCCCAACCUCACAUCCUACCAGACGAAAGGAGGAAAGCUACUUGUUACGCAGGGUUGGGCCGAUCCACUUAAUGCGGCUGCUUGGCCUAUCGAUCACUUGAAUGAGGUUGCGUGGGUUAUAGGCGGCGAGAGACAAGAAUGGCUUUCACUGUUCAUGAUCCCUGGAGGUGGUCACUGUGGUGGCGCGUUAACCUAUCCCUAA